AUGCGAUGCAAAGGUUUCUUGUCAUUGGUGGCGCUGUUGGCUUCAGGGUCAAUCGCUGAUAUCGCUCCACUCUAUCGAUCACGACCAUAUGACAUUGGAGCAUACGACAGAUGGCCGCAUCAAUUAUACCACUCGUCGAGCGCGAUUGGGCCAAUUUUGAACUAUCAUGACAAAAGCGAAGAGUGUAUGGAUGACGGGCUCUAUACCGUGGUGCCGUACUGGGGAAAGCAGGUCAAUAUCCCUGGCGUCAUGCUCCUCGAUUCGGAAGGGUAUCUCGUCUGGCACAACACCGGAUAUGUCACAGGAGAUAUACAGUCUUUCGGGGGUGAAUAUUAUAUCGUUGCUCUUGCAAUGGACUCGACACACUAUGCUUUGAUCAACACGCGCUAUGAAGAGGUCUAUCAGAUCCGAGUUGGAAAUGGAUGGAAUCUUGACGCGCAUGAAUUGACCUUGACACCAUUCGGAACGGCUCUGAUCGUUUUCAAUGGCGUCGUCCCUGUUAAUGAAACGUCCUUCAACGCACCCGAAGGAGUCGAAUUUCUUUUGGAAUCAGGUAUACAAGAAAUCGAUAUCAAGACAGGCGAAGUGGUUUUCGAGUGGCGCGCUUCGGACCACUAUACCUUUGAAGAGUUCUUCCACUUCCAGCCCAGUGACGGGAGAACGGAAACGACAGCACCGGACCUGUUCCACGUCAACAGUAUUGAAAAAGAUAAGCUUGGCAAUUUCCUCAUCUCCUGUCGAAUGAUGGGCUCUAUCGUCUACGUGGAUGGAAGAACCGGCGCCGUGAUUUGGAAACUUGGCGGUAAAGGCAACAUGUUCAAAGAUCUUUCCGGGGGCGCCGCGGUCGGCUUCAACGGUCAGCACCAUGCCCGAUUCCACGAUGGCUGGCAACGAAUCUCGAUCUUCGAUAAUGGAAAUUGUCCAGGUCGUCCGGUGACGGGACCAACUCGUGGAAUUACAUUACUCCUCGACACCGAAAACAUGACUGUUGAGCUUGAGCACGAAUACACCAGUCCGAAUCAUGCUUUGACAGAUAACAGCGGAUCGAUGCAGAUUCUAGAUAACGACAAUGUUGUUCUUGGAUUCGGACCAAACGCUAACUGGGCGGAAUAUUCUUCGAAUGGGACACUGCUCUGUAAUGUCCACAUGGGGCCGGAGACUUGGUUCAAUAGCGGCGAGAUCCGCAGCUAUCGCAUCUCAAAGGGCGCUUGGGUUGCUCAGCCUCAGAGCGAUCCUGAGAUUGCCGUGGUGGAUGAUCGGGUGUAUGUGAGUUGGAAUGGAGCUACGGAAGUUUCUACAUGGGUUCUGAAGGUGGUCGGGGAGGGAGCGGAAGGCGACGACUUUUAUUUGGGGGAAUAUCCCAAAAGUCACUUUGAGACUGAGAUCUCGAUCCCUCCCAGUUAUACUGGCGGGGAUCUCUUUGUCAAUGCUCUGGAUCGAGCCGGGCGCACUCUUGGGUCAACUCGCGCGGUACAGUUGGCUCAGAAAUCGAGACCUCGUUUGAUCGACCAGCAAAUUUAG